AUGUGGACUGUAAAUGGUUGUUCUCGCCUACAAUCACGGUCCGUUGCGGCACCAAUGGUGCGUGUAAUGUCUUUAAGAGGUAUUCCACAGUUUCCUUUAUUCUCUAUACAUUCUCUACACAUAACGAGCAGUUUUCGUUUUUUCCGUAAUAAUAAUAAUAAUAAUAAUAAUAAUAAUAAUAAUUCAAAGGAUGGAGGAAUAAGUGAUGAGAAGGAAACAUUUGAGGUGGAACAUGUAGAAGGAGAGUCUAUCUUUGCAGACAAUUCAUCAAGUAAACAUGGAUGGUUUAAUAAAGAAGAGAAGGAACAAGAACGAGCUGCUCAUGAUGCUAUUACACGACUUUUUCAGGAUGAUAGAAAACGUCAAUUGUUAAGAGAAAAACCUGGAAGAACAAUUGGAGCCCAAACGACAACGACUGUCAUUACAACCGUACCUAAUGAAGAAGAAGAAGAUUUUGGAAAUAAAUUAUAUACUUUACAAACUGGAGAUGGAACUACUAGUAAUUCUCUCACUAGUGUAGAAGCGGUGGAACAAGAAUUAUUGGAUGAUGCCUUUUUAUACUUUCCUCCUGCUGGAAAUGAAGAUGGAAAAGCCAAAACAGAUCCUGCAGGGGAAACAUAUGUUCCUGGUCAACAAAUCAUUCCACCUGGAAGUACACGUUAUCGUGUGGAUGUGCAAUAUCAAGGGAAUGACUUUGAUGGAUGGUGGAAAAGUACAAAACGUCAAUUGUAUAGACGUGAGAUAUCUCCCGAUGGAACAGUUCGACAAGUUCCACUUCAACAAACAAACUUCACUGGAAACUCUGAAAACGCCUUUACUGGAGAAACCAUGAGUAGUCGAUAUCAUGCUCGAACAGUAUUGGAAGAGGCAUUAGCCGUGGCUCUGGAUGUGGAUAGUGUGAAGGUGAUUGCAAGUGUAAUACCAGAAGUUGGGGUCUCUGUACGUCGUUUGUGUUGUCAUGUCGAUAUACCCAGUCAUAUCAUGCUUCAACCGCGUACAAUUAUUCAACGAGCGACGAUGUGGUUAGAGAAACGACAACAACCUCUAGCGAUAUUAUCUUGUCAACGUUGUAAAAAUCAAGAUUUCCAUGCUCGUUAUAGUGGACUUCGACGGGUUUAUGUUUAUCGUAUUCUCAAUCGUGUGGCUCCACCUCUCUUUGAUGCUGGAUUGCAAUGGCAUGUAGAUCGUCAUUUAGAUGUGGAUCGCAUGCAGCGCUUUGCAAAGGCACUGGAAGGCACAAUGGACUUUGGUUACUUUGCAGAUCCAAAAAUGGCAAAUGCCCUUCGGCGGGCCGCACGGAGUCCCGGUGGUCUCGCCACUGGAGCGAAUGUGGAUGAACAUUAUCAACCCACCGCCACUGGGGAAUCUCCGCGGGAAACACGGGGAAAAGCCCCAAAGGUGUUAUUAGAAAAAGGGCCAAGUAACUUGGAUCGGGCGGAGGCCCUUCCCACAUUUAAUCAAUACGGUCAACGGGUUGUUCAGCCAGGAGCCCAUCCACGGGAGUAUUAUCGUGCGGCCACCAAUUUACCCACCAUUCGCACAAUUGAUCGCUUGGAUGUGGUUCGACAAGAUGAUGAAGUAUUGAUUUGGUUUAUUGGGCAAUCCUUCCUUCGUCAUCAGAUUCGAAAUAUGGUGAGUGUGUUGAAGGCGGCUGGCCAUGGAUUGUGGGAUGAGUUAGAAUUACAACAGGCCAUUCAAAGUGGAUUUGAACCCUCACGGCGGCGGUUUAAGCGGGAAAGACUCCCACCAGCGCCGGUGUAUGGACUCACACUGUGGGAUGUGGAGUAUCCACCCCAGCACCGGGAGGAUUAUGUGCCUUUUGUGGAUUCCGGGCCGUUUGAUGAAGUUAACAUUGCACGUGAUAUUUAA